CAGGAUGCUUUGCCAACAGUGAUGCCAUUGGUUGGCUCCGACGGAAGUGCACUUGGGUGAACGGAAAUAGAAGAUUUUAGAGGCUGGGAAGAACUUCAGCUUCACCUUCCUCACUGAUCCAGCAUGGGGGAGAAGUCAGAAAACUGUAGGGUUCCAGAGGAUCUUUUCAAUGGUUUGAAAGUUACAGAUCCCCAGGAAGCAGAGUGUGCUAGCCCUCCAGUUUCUAAUACCAAAGAUCACCAUUUCCAGAGCAAGUUGCUGAAGGAUGUUGAAGCCCAUCCCCAGGAGGACCAGGGAGAAGAGGAGUGUUUUCAUGACCCUAGCACCUCAUUUGAAAAGGAGGAGCCAGGAGUGGACAGGGUUGAGAACAAACCUGAUGAUAAUGUGAAUUCCUCUGAACUAGAUGAAGAAUACCUAAUAGAACUGGAAAAAAACAUGCCAGAUGAAGAGAAACAGAAGAGAAGAGAAGAGAGCACUAGACUAAAGGAGGAGGGGAACGCGCAGUUUAAGAAAGGAGAUUAUAUAGAAGCUGAGAGUUCUUAUAGUCAAGCCCUUCAGAUGUGCCCAUCCUGCUUCCAGAAAGACAGGUCUAUUCUGUUUUCAAAUAGAGCUGCUGCAAGGAUGAAACAGGACAAGAAAGAGAUGGCCAUCGGUGACUGCAACAAAGCUAUUCAGUUAAACCCCAGCUAUAUCAGGGCAAUAUUGAGGAGAGCGGAGUUGUAUGAGAAGACUGAUAAGCUAGAUGAAGCCCUGGAGGACUAUAAAUCCAUAUUAGAAAAAGAUCCAUCAAUACAUCAAGCAAGAGAAGCUUGCAUGAGAUUACCUAAGCAGAUUGAAGAACGUAAUGAAAAGCUAAAGGCAGAGAUGUUAGGUAAACUAAAAGAUCUUGGAAACUUGGUUCUUCGACCUUUUGGACUCUCCACCGAAAAUUUCCAGAUCAAACAGGAUUCCUCUACUGGUUCCUACUCCAUCAAUUUUGUUCAAAAUCCAAAUAAUAACAGAUAACAAAGUUUACAGUAGCUUUUAAAGCUGGCUUGGAGAUUGUAUGCUGCUCGCUGUUAGCAAGGGGGAAGGCUCUGCCAAUAUUUAACUUUCAAAAGCAUCUUAUCUCAAAGACAGGCUAUCUGCUAGGGCCCAGUGCUCCCUUCUCCCUCUUGUUUUAUGAUCCAGGUCAAAUGCACUUCUGAUGUAAUAAGCCUAAUUUGAUUUCCGUUUUAAGGUGGUGUCUAUGCAUCUGUUACCCUUGAUUCUGGCUGACCUUUGCUUUGUCCGGGCAGAAGCCUGCUUGUCAAAGCUGACCUCCCCGAGCUAUACACACAAGCCCAGCCAAAGUGUCUCCUGGCCCGAGCCAGGUUCAGAGACUACCCAGACAUGAUUCAUGAGGCUCCCGCCUGCUGCCCCCUCUCCCUGAUUACUCACAUUGCUCAGGCCGCCGGGCAUGGGCUCCAGCAUCUCCUGGUUUCCUCUGUGGUAAUAAACGCUUUCUUUGACGGUCUGAGCUGGCUUGUGAAUUUUGUCCCCAUAAUGACAGCUAAAGCAGAAGGCUCCUCUGGCUUCAGGCUCAGUGUUGCUGAAUGUUACCAGCAUCCACAGAUCUGCCCACAGUCUUAGUUGUCACCUCGAAGAUGAUCUUGAAGAACUGACCAUUCCGCCAGGUACUAGAAUGCAGAAACCACCUCACACAGUGUCUUGGGCCUCUUCAUGUUUGUGCAGAUCAUGAUGAGAUCAGUGUUUUUGCCCAAGCAUCAGUCUUAACAGUUUCAACUUAAAGUAGCUCCAUUCAAGAAGAGCGGUAUGUGAAUCCCAGACAAAACCAUAUUCUUUUAGACUACACGAACCCAGAGGUUUCAAAGGUAGGUUUGGGCUUUCUUAGUCAUCACUGAUUGUUGGUGAAAGCUUUCAGUUCUGGUUUGAGUGUCAAAGGCAGUGACUUGCAGGUUUCAUCUCAGAACUGAAGUGCCCAUAUAAUUCUGUAAGUGACAUUGCAGCAGUCCUGCUCCGUGUCCACAUGUGCCACAGCUCUGAUCUGUUCCUCAGAGCUCCUUAGAGUGCAGUGCGUUGGUCGGUCGCAGAAUGAUGUGCAGUGUUAACUCUGUGCUAUGCUAAGCCUCUCUUCCAGAUUUUGAAAUGGAAUUAAGGGGGAAAGGAGAGGGGGAAAGCGCGUGGUUACUUUUGCUUUGCUGUCUUUAUGAUAAAUCUGGCAUCUGAAGUUCUCAAAAAAGUGUGUGUGAGGAAUCACAGCGAUUGUGCAGGAGCUUUGGCCAAAAGGCCUGUGUCCGGCUCUCGGUGGUGAUGGCGUCCUGUGCAGCCGUUUUGCCAGAGCAGCGAUUCCCAGGUCGCUCACCUCAGGACCCUCACACUCCAGAGCGUUUGAAGAGUGUUUGGGGUUAUGUGGAUUUUAUCCAUUGAUGUUUACCAGAUGAGAAAUUAAAACUGAGAAGUCCCUUAAAUACUUAGUUAAUUCCUUUAAAAAUAGCAAAUAUAUUUCUUGUUUAUAUAUAUAUAUUUUUUUUUUAAAAACAAUAUUUUUAGAAAACUGUCUUCCAAAACAAAAACAUGACAUCAUUUUACAUUUCUGUAAAUCUCUUUCACGUGUGGCUUAGUAGAGGCUAGCAGGAUUCAGAUCUGCUUCUGCACUCAGGUUGUCACAGUAUCCCGUCACGUAGCCUGGCGAAUCCUACACCGUGCACACCCAUGACAGUGUGACAGUGAGAAAAGCAGUUGACCUACCUCUUAGUAUUAGCGAAGAUAGCUUUGACUUCUUGGAGACCUGAAAGGGUCUCAGGAAUUCCUGGAAGGCCUCAGGGCACUUUUUUUCUUCUUUAAUAGAGCUCUACACCCAACAUGGGGUUUGAAUCACAACCCCAAGAUCAAGAGUCGCAUGCUCUACCAACUGAGCCAGCCAGGCUCCCCUCAGACCACAUUUUGAGAGCUACUUUGCCAGAUUCUGACUUUGGGCUCAACAGCUGAGACUCAGCCAAGGUCGGAGCUGAGAUUCCUGAGCACCUGUCUGAACCUCCAGGGAGUGAGGAAAUAGACAUGUUUGCCUAGAUACAGCCUUCCUUAAGACAUUGUCAUUGCCACAGCCUCCAGAGGUUUUUGUUUUGUUUUGUUUUGUUUUUGUUUUUGUUUUUUUAGUCUGUUUUCAGAGAGCACGAGCAUGAGCAAUGGAGGGGCAGGGAAAGAGGGAGAGAGAGAAUCCCAAGCAGGCUCCGCACUUGGGACCAGUGCGGAGGCUCCGCACUCCGAACCAGACGCAGGGCUUGAACUCACAAACCAUGAGAUCAUGACCUGAGCUGAAAUCAAGAGCCGGACACUCAACUGACUGAGCUACUCAGGAAUAGAGAAUAUUACACCAUGCCGAGAUGUGGAGGCUGGGGAGUGGCUGAGCCUACUAGCUAAUGACCUGAACAUCGUGGCACUGGGCCUACAUUUGAACUUCAGUAAAAUGGCAAGACCUCACACAUUGGACCUUCAGAGUUAACUCAGGAGGCAACUUUGGAAGCCCACACUUCCCUCUUAGCUAAAGCACGGCACGGCCUGCUGUCCCAUUGCCCAGGAAGCGCAUAGCUAACCACUCUCAGCCAUGAUUUGGUCCCAGCUCCUAGAGCUCUGGCUUGCUGAAAAAAUACAGCCCAACCAGAUGGGAACUCCUGCCUGGCACUGGGGCUUCUAAGCCAUCAGGCAUCAUGGCGGAUGUGAAGGGAACCAACUCAGAAGCCUCUCCGGGAAAUCAGUGCCAAAGGUGAGGAGCUAGAUAUGAAGAUACUGGAAGCUUGUUGUCCCCCUGUGGGAUGCUGUCAGGUGGAUGUCUACAUCAGGCACCCUACCUGAACACCCACCUGGCAGCCACCUAAGGCCACCUGAGCACCCAAGUGCCCUCCAAUUCCCCAAAUGUAACAAGUUAGAAAUCCACAGAUGGUAAAGUCUUCAGGCAGACUAAAGACAGAAGUCCUCAGGGAGGCCAGGAAUGGGAAGCAAGGGAAUGGAGUGAAGUAGGGAGAACAGUGUUUACAUUUCAAAGAAUGUAGGCUUUGGUGGACGGUCUCUGGUACUUGGUCUGACGUACACAACAUUGUUUUGUGGAAUAGUUUGACUAGCCCAAAAUAGAAUACGCUAUUUACAACUUUAUUUCACGAAGUUAACUGGGAGAGAAGGUCGGGUGAUUUCCUGAGGCAGCAUGACAUUGAUGAGGUCCUGCCUUGGCAGCGCUGACAUCAGAGGUCAAGAGUAACUGCCUUGUUUUCUACAGGUGUUAGAGCAGCUUCAUUUAAACAUGUGAAGGACCCCCAGCCCCAUCCCUGUCUUCCACAAGGUUGCUUUGUGUCUUACUGAAGCCCCUGGCUGUGCUUUUCUGGAACAGUGACACAGCAGACACUCCUUUACCUCAAGGUACUUCAGACUGAUGAUAUGGUUCACCUGCUUUAGAUCACAGAUCUGAGCUGUCCACUCAGGAAUCACACACUGAGCUUAGAAUUCAGAAGCACAAAAUUAUAGACUAGUUCACUCAAGGGAAAAAAAUUCCAUCUUCCAUGGUUUUGGCCAGUGAGGUUACCGUGUGAGUCUUCUGUCAGGAAGGUGACUGGUAGACCUUAGAUUAGAAUCCGAACCUGUAAAGCAGGUUAUCUGUAUAGAAACAUCUUCUUAAUGUCACCAUCUCACUUUGCCUCCCUUGCGUCAGAAGGUUGCUUCUACAAAUGUGCUUCACAAAGGAAUCGGGAAAGGACUAAUCCCAGAAGUAUGCUUAAGUACGGUGACCUAGCAGCUUGGGUUUGGCCAGCUCUUUCUUCCUCUGACACAGUAUUCCUGACGUAUACUCUUUCCUUCCAGGUUCAUUACCUUCUUGAUAUGAUACCUACUUGUUUAGGCCAUGAAAUUUCACUGUGAAUAAGCAAAGAUUUGGCAGGAUGUUCACCACUAGAGCAAGCACCUGAAGGAAACCUUGGCCUCACCUCGGCAUAUGUGACUAUUGCUGUUUCACAGGAGAUCCAUUCUAGAAAUGCCUUUGCUCAUAGCUGAACUGAUUAACAAAACCUUGAAGAAAGCACAAAGUUUUAGUUCAAAAAAUAAUCCAGCUUCUCUGUCAUCAUCCCUUGCCUUCUUAGGCCUGUCCAAACUGUACUGGUAAGAACUUCACAUUCAAAAAAAGUUACGGUCAGUGAUUCUUCAUACAUAAAAUUCAAGUGAUUUCCUUGCG